UUGAGACUCGAUGAAGGGAAAGCAGGAAUCCGUAAAGCUAUUGAGUUUAAUUGAACCUGUAAACUGUGCCCUGCCUGUUAAGCGAAGGUGCGGGAAAAUGGGAAUUUGGAGCUUGAUGAAUUUCGGCAAAGAAACUGUGAAGAAGGUAUGUGAAAUUUCCUAUGGUUACAGCAUGGAGGCUGUUAGAAAGAUGGACGAAAUCGUUAGAGUUAAAAGCCUCGAAAAACUUGGCGAGUACAUGGCGGAUGAUGAAGGUCGUGCUAAGAUGGUUUAUUUUAGUGCAAAAUUCGUCAAAAAUGCUUCACUUUAUGCAUUCAAGGAAGCAGCCAACAUCUUAAUUCCUGGUGGAAGGGCAUUUGCCAAAAUUUUCGCUGAAACAGUUCGUGAAAUAGAAACUGAGUCUCGAAAUAAUGCCACUGGUGUCGCGGCAGAGAUGCUGAAAAGCAGAGAGCUGAAGUUGGGUUCUAAAAACAAAGUUCAUGUUGAUUCAUUUACACAUCAAACACCUGAAGAUGUCCUGAGAUUUUUCAUGAUGAUGGAAUUUAUGGGAACUCGUUAUCUCGACUCUUUGCUGGUUUCUGAUCAUGGACAACGGAACGUAUAAUUGAAGUAAAAUUUCACUUGGUAUCAAGUAGUUAAAUUCAAGUUACCUCUUUGUUUUCAAUAGUAUGAAUAUGUCUCGUAACAUGUGGCAUUACUAUUUCAAAAAAUAAAAGAAAAUACUUAAAAUUAUGUCAUUGUAUAGCUUUGAAUAAUACAUAAACGUGCCUUUCUAAACGG